CAUUACACUCACCAAACAAACAAACAAACCAAGAAAACAAAACCUCCAAACCAAAACAAAAACACAUUUAAUUUUCUUUUAAGAAAACAAUGGCAAGCAUGAAGGUAGCAUGUGUAGUUUUGUUGAUGUGCAUGGUAAUUGCACCUAUAGCAGAAGCUGGAAUCUCAUGUGGAACUGUAAAUGGUGCUCUUGCUCAAUGCAUUCCUUACCUUAAAGGUGGUCCUGGUCCUUCUCCAGCAUGUUGUGCUGGAGUUAAGAGACUCAACGCUGCCGCCGCAACUACACCUGAUCGUCAGGCUGCUUGUAACUGCCUGAAAAAUGCUGCUGGUGCUAUUUCUGGUUUGAAUACUAACAACGCAGGUGCUCUUCCUGGUAAAUGUGGUGUUAACAUUCCUUACAAGAUCAGUACCUCCACCAACUGUGCUACCAUCAGGGCUUGAAGAUGAUGACAUUGCAGAUGCAUGAUUAUGGAAAGUUGUCACUAUAUAUGAAAGUGCAUUUUAAUACUAUUAAGAAUAAGAAUGAGAGUGAUGGAGGCUCAUGUUAUAUGUGGCCCUAUCUUCUUGUAUACCAUACUCUAUUUGAUAUAUAGUCUUUUACUGUGUUGUUUUAUGAAUUACAUAGUGAAAUAUUUUAAUUUGGUUUUUACCUAUGUAUCUGAUUUCUCUUAUUUAAUGUCAGUUUUUAAAUAUCCA